AUGAAAAGGGACAUCUUUAGUUUUACUGUGGCACCCGCCGUAACACUGUACGCUAGCCUUCUUUUAAAUAUAGUCAGCAGUGUCGGUGUGAUUAUAGUAAAUAAACGACUGGUGUACAUAGAGGCCGGAUUUCGUUUCGGUACCCUCCUCACAGUGAUUCAUUUUAUAGUAUCGUUUCUGGGAUGCCUGUUUUUUGCUUGGCUACGCUGUUUUAAGCUGAGCUCAAUCCCACUACUCAAGGUCCUGCCUAUCAGUCUGGCAUUUUGCGGGUACGUGGUGUUUAACAAUCUCUCGCUCCUCACAAACACGGUGAGCGUGUAUCAAACCUCAAAGAUUCUUUGUACGCCUUUGAUACUCUGGAUUGAGUUUGCGUUUUAUCACCGGCGUGAAAGCAGACGGACGCUGCUCUCUCUCAUUCCCAUAUGCGUAGGGGUGGCAGUCACGGUGUACACAGACACGGAACUGAAUCUAAUGGGGGUCCUCUGGGCCGUGCUGGCAAUUUUGACUAACUCUUUAUAUACAAUAUGGGGAAAGACAAAGCAGAUGGAUCUGGGAGUGACUCCCAUGCAAUUGUUGGUCUACCAGGCUCCGCUUAGUGCCGUGAUACUUUUUUUUGCUCUUCCCAUUGACGGCAUUGGGGAACUCUGGUCGUAUGAAGUGACCUUCACCACAGUUUGGGCAAUUGCUCUUUCAUGUCUCUUUGCGUUUGGUGUGAACUUUUCCUUUUUCUUGUUUGUGGGUCAGACCUCUCCUCUGACUAUGAACGUUGUGGGUUAUUUUAAGACGGUUUUGGUCUUUGUGGGUGGCUCUAUAUUUUUGCCUUCAGAGACAAGUGCAAAAACGGUUGCUGGGGUUGUUUUAACCCUUGUAGGACUGGCAUUUUAUACCUACUCCAAGUUGCAGGCGAUAUCACUCCCAUCACUGUCGAAGGAUGCGGUUUGA